UACUCUUCCCCCAAGUCCCUUUGUUGUUGUUGCUGCUGCUGUUGGUGUCGCCUGGAUCAGGUCUGAUUUUUUUUUUUUUUUUUGUCAUUCACCAGGAUUUAGAUAAGGAAGCAGGGAGAAAUAAUCUGGGGCUAUUCCCCUCCCAUCUGAACGAGGGUAGCAGAGAAAAAGGGACGAUACAAAGUGGCAGUGAGAGUGUGGAAUAAGGGAACGGCAAAUAAAUAAAUAAAUAAAAAGUGAUACAAAAAUUCCUGGAGCGUGUGGAAGCUGAUGUGGAGAGGCCUGGAGGUGGUGCUGCUAUUGCUGCUCAUUUUUUUAGGAAUAAAUCCCAGUUGAUAUUGUUUAGCCAGGGCUGUCGGCAUCAUUUAUUUUUUAUUUUUAUAAAGCCAAAAAAACUGUUAAUGACUCUCUUUUUAUUACAUGCAUUGGGUUUUGCUUAGCUUCUCUGCUCUUUUGUUUUUCCAAGCGUGUUUUAUUUGCUUCAUGCAGUACUACUUGUGAUUUUUUUUUUGUAAUCGAAGUGAACAAAGAGACUGAACGAGCGAGAACUGACAAGUGAGCUGUUUGGUAUUGAUGCUGUCGGCCUGUUUCAGCUCUCGAUACCAUCAUCAUCAUCAUCCUCAUCAUGAUGGGAGGCUUGCACCCUGCUAGGUUGAUCAGACCUUUGCCUCUUUAUUACUUUUCACUUUGUUGCCUCUUAGCCAGCUCCUCAUUAACUGGGAUUCGGGCAUCCAAUCCUCAGACCAGUGAGUGCAACAACGGGAAAGGCAAAGGUACCAACUGCUCAGAAUUCAGUCAAAAAGAAACUGAUUUCCGAAUAUGUGACGAAACGUCAUGUAAAUUCGGGGGAGUUUGCAAAGAAGAAGGGGGAGACGUGAAGUGUGCAUGCCAAUUCCAGUGCCACAAAAACUACAUUCCAGUGUGUGGAUCAAAUGGCGACACCUACCAGAAUGAAUGUUAUCUUAGACAAGCAUCCUGCAAACAUCAGAAACAUAUAUCAGUGUUAACAGAAGGUCCAUGUUACCCUGAUAAUGGUUCUGGAUCAGGGGAAGGAGAAUACGAAGGAUCAGGCGCAGAUGUUAACAGAAAGUUUACUAAGUGCGGCACUUGCAAAUAUGGAGCCGAGUGUGACGAAGACUCAGAAGAUGUUUGGUGUAUAUGUAACAUCGACUGCAGCGGACACAAUGAAAACCCAGUGUGCGCAACAGAUGGAGACUCGUACAAAAACCCCUGCCUUGUCCGAGAGGCUUCCUGCUUGAAGCAGGAACAGAUUGACGUGAAACAUCUAGGAAAAUGUCCAGUAAAAGAAGAUAAAGUAAUAUCUGGGAAGAAGGAAGAAGGAAUUCAGUAUCGACCCGAAUAUAAAGAUGCUGGUGAUCAAGGAGAAGGAUACUCUGAUGCUUGUUCAGAGAACUACAUUGAUUUCUGCAAACAUGGAAAAUGUGAAUUUAAAUAUGACAAGCCUUCUUGUCGGUGUGAUUCCGGCUAUAAAGGGGCACAGUGUGAUGAAAUUCAAGACUUCAACAUUCUGUAUGUUGUUCCAAGUGGACAGAAACUCCACUAUGUCCUCAUUGCAGCAAUUAUAGGAGCAGUGCAGAUAGCAAUUAUAGUUGCUGUUGUGAUGUGCAUUACAAGAAAAUGUCCCAAAAACAACAGAGGGCGUCGGCAAAAGCAAAAUCUCGGACAUUUUACUGCAGACACAUCUUCCAGAAUGGUGUAGCACGCUGUUUUUGAUACCUUUUCCUACCAUGUGAAGUACAUUUUGUUUUUCAUUCUUAAGAUUUGAAGAUAUUUAUUUCAGGGACCUUAUUUUUUUCUUUCUUGACAUUUACAGUUUGCAUUACGCAGUGAACAACUUUUAGCUUUUUUAACAGCUACUGACUGUUUGAAAAAAGUUAACAAAAUAACAAAAAAAAAAAAAAAAAACAUCACAGCUUUUGUUUUGCAUAGUUUUGAAGACGGCAGCUCUGGUUUGCAUACCCGGUAUCACAUGGUAAUGUAAAAUACUUACUCUUCACUCCAUGGAAACACUCAACGACUUCACCAGUGUGGACGCGGCGUACAAUACCUAGUGCAGCUUUUACGAUUGAGGCAUGAACCAGAGAGGUGAAGAUAUUUGCAGUUUAUCUUUACGAUGGGAAAAAAAAAUAAAGAACACACUGUUUCAUUAGUUAUAUAAUUUAUUUUGAAAAUACUUAGCUUUUUAUGUUUUUUUUUUCUAGACACUGCAUAUCGCAUGACUUGUGAAACUGUUCUGUGAAGUAGUUGUAAUUUAAUGAAAAUCUGUUUCAGUCUGUUUUGUGGCUUACAUCUGAGCACUACCAUCUUUGUAAUUCCAACACUGUAUCUGUAUUUGAAUAGUCCUUAAGUGUAAAAUUAGCAGCAAUGCAGAAAUAUGGUAGUGCCUGUGGAUGAGAGGGCCACAAAAAGGGGUAUGUCUUUAGAAUAUGUAAUUAAGUUCUGUGUAAACUUUGAAUUCAAAAUAAGUCUCCGGUAAUACAGCCUUCUUUUACCACUGUUAAACUGAAGGAGGUACAGCGUUUAUUACCAAACGCUUGCGGUAGGCUUUAUGUGUUAUAACAUGGUA